AUGGGGUUCACGUAUGUGAACUCAGAUCACGUAGGUAGACGUGAACUCAGUUCACGUGGGCUGAUGGAGUUCACGUACGCGAACUCAGUUCAAGUAGGUGAUGGAGUUCAUGUACGUGAACACAAUUCACAAAUGGUGCGCACAAUGUUUACUGAUAUAGAGGGUCGUGUUAUACUCGACCAAGGGACUAAUAGAGAGGGUCGUGUUAGACCAACCGCUUCUGCACGGGCUCAUCGUGCUCAGCGUGAAUUGCGUGGACAACGAAGAUUACGAAAUCAACAAGCAGAACAUGCGCAACCAAAACAGGGGCGAGCAGAAGAGGCCCAAGCGGAUGAGGCCCAACCUGAAGAGGUCCAAGCGGAUGAUGCCCAGCCUGAAGUGGUCCAAGCGGAUGAGGCCCAACCUGAAGCAGAUGACGGAUAUCCUUGUGGUCCGGUUGACAGGUCUGUCCUAAGGACAUACGGGUAUCAUGUUGUGACACGACUAUGGGACGGCGUGGAUCGCGAAGAUUUAAGGGUUUUUAGCAAUGGCAAAAAAUUAAAAGAAGCUGUCAUUGAAAAUCAAGAGGUUGAGGAACUUGUUGAAAGUUCUGGUUUAUAUACAUUGCUAAAAUGCAGCUAUGAGAUGAUCGACAAAGGUCUAAUUUCUGCCUUUGUCGAGAGAUGGCAUCGCGACACCAACAACUUUCAUCUUCCAAUUGGGGAGAUGACCAUUACUUUGGACAAUGUCUCUUCGCUGCUGCAUAUACCUAUCACCGGUGCCUUCUUCAUCGUUAAUAUAUUUAACAAGGAUGACGCUGCAGAGUUGUUGGGUGAGCUUCUUGGGGUGAGUCUGGCUGCUGCAUAUGCUGAGUUUAACUUGACGCGGACAACCAUUGUUCAGUACAGUUGGUUGCUUGACGUAUACCAUCAGGGAUGUGCUGAUCAGCAUUGGCAGAUGGCUGCGAGGGCAUUUCUUUUAUUUUUGGUGGGUUGCACCUUGUUCAGCGACAAGAGUGCCUUCGAAGUGAGUGUUGCCUACCUUGAAUGUUUCAGAGACCUCAACUCAUGUGGGGGAUAUGCAUGGGGUGCUGUUGCGCUUGCUUACCUAUACGACAACCUUCGAGACGCGAGUAUGCAUCAAACUAUAACAGUAUCAGGGUAUCUGACACUAUUACAAGCGUGGGUGUAUGAGCAUUUUCCAGCAUUAUGUGCGAAUUGUUGUAGACUAUCUCAUAUUUAUGAUGAGGAAUAUCCGAGAGCACUUAGAUGGAAGCCAAAACGGGAUAAAGGUUUGGUUAUUCCAUUUAGGAAAGCAUUGGACGAGAUUGAUGUUGAUGGCAUAUGUUGGACACCCUAUAGAGAGCAUAGACCGAAGCGACCAUUUGAGGUUGUUUCAUUAUUCAGAUGGUGGAUACGUUGGGGUCCCAAGAUGUAUGCUCACUUGCCAGAUAGGGUAUUGCGUCAAUAUGGACAUGUCCAAACCAUCCCUAGUUCAUCUUUGGAGAUAGUAGGUUAG